AUGUCAAGUGCUAGCGUCGAAAAGCGUGGCUCUGCCUCUACUGUACGGGCUUGCGAUCUGUGCCGCAAACGGAAACGAAGAUGCGUAUGGAAUUCAGGUCCCCAAGGCUGCUCGCCAUGUACCAAUUUGAAAGAGACGUGUACGACCACGUACACGCGAAAGCAGAGGUCCAAACCACAACGAGGUAAUCGCAUAGUUGAGUAUGAGAGUCGGAUCAAGAGACUAGAAUCGCUACUACACGAGCGGAACGUUGCACAACCACACGUGCGUCAACAACCGGUUAUGCAUGUUACAGAACCAUCAGUUCCGCUCUCAAUAUGGGUCGAAUCUUUGCGCCAUGAGGUAGAGAUCGGGCCUCAGCCUCAGCUUCCAGAUUUCAAUCCCUUCGACUUAGAAGGCAUCUUACAAGGCAACGACGGCGGGUUUGCUGAGGACCUGGGUGCACUGUCCACGGGUGAAACCAGUCGCGGUUCUUCAACGUUAGAACCUUCACUUCAGAUCCCUUUGAAUGGCAUCCAGCCAUCAGUUGACUUUCAGGAGGAUGUCGCUUUCUUGCAAGGCACGCAUUUCGGGCCGAGAUCAACCAAUGAUGUCAGCUUACUGCCGCCGCCAAGAACAAUUCCUGAUAGUGACUGGUAUCUGCCACCCCCGGAGCUCGGAACGUCACUGCUUGCAGAGUUCCUGACUGACCUGAAUACCGCUUAUCCGCUUUAUCAACCACAUGUCAUCGCCGACCACCUUCGAACAUGUUACGCGGGGCUGUCUGAUGGAUCUGCCGUUGCUUGGACGAGUGCGUACAUCGUUUUCGGUAUGGCACAUCAUCUCCGAGGAAUGAGCGUGACUGGAACCGGCUAUGAUAUGGAGAUGGGUCAAUAUUACCUCGCCCGUGCCUAUUCCACACUUAAUACUCUUCUCGCAGCACCGCCAUCCCUAGGACAAGUACAAUGCCUUAUUGGAUUAGCAUUACUUAUUGUGGCCAGUCCUUGCAAUUAUAAAAGGUCGGCUGGACACUUCGUCUCCACCGCACUCCGUCUUAUUCGAAGUCUAGUGUACGAAGACGAGAAAAACUGCACUACGGUAGAGGCGAUGGCCAACAGCGCACAACAGCGUCGCGUUUUCUGGAUUUGCUUCGUUAAUGACAUCACUCUAGCUGUCUUGAACAACACUGAGCCUACACAUCAGCUUCAGGAUGUAGCCGACUGCUCUGAUUUCGUAGCAGAUGAACUAGGUGCGCUCACCGCAGCUGAGGGCACCUGGCGAGUGCACAUAUUCUGGUUGUUCACCAGGAUAGCCUUACUCCAAACUGAGGCCAUCGAUCAAAUUAUCUCCCGCAAAACAAGUAACACGACCGUUCUAGACUUGAGUGCUGCUACAUCCAUUGUGCUCGCGCGAUUGCAGGCCUUCCAUGAGCAACAUCACAUCUUUCACCUUUCCCCUGGUCAGUUACAGCAAUUGUUGUACCGGGCAGAUAUUUGUCACUGUGUAGCACUUGAGGCUUACUACUUUGCGACUAUAUACCGGCUGCAUGCGUUCUCAGCAAUGGACAUGAGCUCGAAAAUCAACCCGUUCGAUUUGGAUGGUUUGGAUAGGAUGUCGAAAAUGAAGCAACAUAAGGCAUAUCAGGAGGCGCGGAGGCUCUUGAAUCUGCUACCAAUAGCUCCUCGAGGCAAUGUGGCCUUGUACUGGAUGAUAAAUCCCAUUCUUAUCGCAGCACUUGUCACCAUCAUUGCACACCACAUCCAGAACCCAGCAGCGGGGGCUCCUUCAUCUAUCGAAAUGCGUAUCUAUCAGCAGUUGGUCGCCGAUCUCGAUCUUAUGGUCGAUGCGGGUGACAAUCCGGACUUGGAAGAAAAGAGAACCUUCUGCAAGCACUUAUUAUCAGCUUAUGAGGCACGAUUUUGUGCUCAGGAGAUGGGCGAGAUUCCACGUAGCAUCGCAGUGACGAGCUAA